GAAAUUUUGCGGACAGUCCGCAAAAUUUACUUUUUCCAUAUUAUGUCCGCUAUUUGAGUAUUUAUCCUCAUUUCUAAUGUUUCAAAUUUUUUUUCGUCUUAUUCAACUUGUUGCCAGUUCAAAUCAGGGUGAUUGAGGGGCAGGGGGAGGCCUAUUUUUGAACUUUUUGCCCUAUUUUUAAUAUUUCAAUCUUAAUUUUUUUUAGUUUUUUUAUUAAAAUCUGGAUAUUUAUGUUUCGUGUAACACGUUUGGGAUUAGCAAAGACUUGUGGACAAGGACGUGUUCCUGUAUCUUCUCUUUCAAAUAAUAAAAAUGCUGGUUUUGGUUUGAAGGUAUUUGAGAAACAGAACUUUACACAACUUAAUGGACCCAAUUUUCCUUGUCGCCAAUUCUCUAGCUACAGAUUAGAGAAGACCUCAUUGCCUACUGGAGAUGAGAAGGGAAAGAAGAAGCUUUUGAAUUUUCUUCCACUUGCAAUAUUGAUUGUUUUGUGGACAUUAAUAAUUUUUGAUGAUCCAGAUGAAGGGCAGGCUAAAGGGAAAGCAAAUAAUGGACGGCACCGUUGAAAAUCAAUCUAAAAAAUCAGCAUUUAUAAAGGACGGAAUUUGAGGCAGAACAGAAUAAAAGAAAACCCCUGUUCAUAUUUAUACAAAAAACCUUGGGAACUUAUUUACUUUAACUACUUUUCCCAAAAUUUUGCCGUAUGUAUUUUGUACAUGGACAAUUUAUAUAUCAUUCGAAAGAGCUCGACGAGCUGAAUCGAAUGACAUCAAAAUCAUGAUUGAGCUGAGACAACUGAGCUCAAAAUGGUCAAAGCAAACCUUGAGAAAAACCGCGCGUUUCGCGAGUGGUUUAUCAGCACACGUCACGCGGGGAGUCAAUAGGUCACCGAGUUCUACACCAGUAACAAAUCUAUACCUUUUUUGCCGAUUUUCAGCCUUGAACUGCGUACCU